AUGUCCGAUCCACUGUCCAUCUCGGCGAGUGUUGCGGGCCUUGCUAUGCUCGCCGAGUCAGUCAUCAAACAGACCGUCUCCAUCAUUCAAACAUGUCGUGAGGCUAGCUCUCAGCUGCAAGAGCUUCGCUACAGCGUGGCUAUCUUCUACGGAUAUCUCGGAAGCCUCAGGCUGAUGUUAGAUAACCAACAUGAAGAGCCUGCUCCCGCCUCAAUAUUUGCUUGCAAUCGCACCCUCGACAAGAUCAAGAGCAUCCUUGACGAAUUCGACACGGAUUCCGAAGGCGUACCCUCCACAUCCUCUGCACUACCAGAGAAACAUGGGCGCUGGCGGGAUGCAAAGCAGAAAGCUCAAUGGGUUUUCAAGAAAGACAAGGUGGAAAGCAUUCUUGCUGAGCUUGAGAAACACAAAUCCGUCUUAUCACUCGCUCUUUCAAAGAAGUCUUUCUCUUCGAUCAUCGAGGUGUUACGAAAGCAAGAUGAAGCCCUUGGACAGAUGAAUGAGAUUAGAAAGCAGCAGAGCCAAAUUCGACAACAGCAGAUACAGGACAGUGAGAGACAACUCAGCAGAGAGAGGCGUGAGAUGUUGAGCGCUGUCUCUCAAACGCGACCGGAAGGUUGCUUCAAGAAGCACUUCUCUCUGCACCAGGAUGGUACUGGCGUCUGGCUGUUAGAGAGUCCGGACUUUGAGAGAUUCAUGAGCACUCCAAAAUCGAAGAUUUGGCUCUAUGGGAUUCCGGGCGCAGGAAAGUCUGUCUUGAGCGCCACCAUGAUCAACCAUAUCAGGGCUCAGCGUACUGAGCACGUUGCCUUGGCAUUUUUCUUCUGCGAGUACUUCAAUACGGCUACACAAACCUGUCGCAACAUCUUCGGAUCCAUCGCGAAACAAUUAGCUCUUCAAAAUCCCAGAGCACUCGAAACUUUGGAAGAAUUCUUUAACGACCAAACAGAUCUUGGUCAUUUGGACUUCAACCCAGAGGAUUGUGAAUUCAUCGAUCUCAUAGAGAAGAUGUCCACCAACUUUAACAGCACAAUCAUUGUCAUCGAUGGAAUUGACGAAUGCCAAGAAAAUCGAGCUGCAGUCGUGGAAAGCCUUGCGCAGCUAAACCGAGAUGGUAUUGGAUCAAUCAAAACCAUAUUCGCAAGCAGAAAGGAGCCAGAUAUUGAAGAACGUCUCAAUUCAUUCACUAGUCUCCCUAUCGCAGCUUCCAAAGCCGACGUGAGACUUUAUGUUGCUGCACAGCUCGAGUCGAGAUUUCGCAGAAUGUGCGAAAAGGAUCCAGCAUUGAGCGACCAGAUCCUUACUGUCUUGGUUGACAAAUCUGAGGGCAUGUAA